GCGACGGUUCCACGGCGGAACCAUCGUGGUCACACCCCUGUGGCUGCCCCUCACGGGUCCAGGAUGGUGGGCCCCGGGAUGGCGGGCGCAGGGAUGGGUGCCCAGGGCCGCGGUGCCGCCGGUACACAGGGCAAGAAGGCCGGGCUGGACAAGCGCUGCCGGGAGCUGCGUGACCUCGUCAGCCUGCAAGCACAAGGACUGAGGAUUUUCUCCCAGUCGUGUGAGGAGAAGCUCCGGCAGAACAGGCAGCUGCUGCCCAGCCUGCAGCAGGCGCUGCAGGAGGAUGCCCGCGUCCUGGAUUUUGUCCUGAAGUACAACAGGCUCCCCGCCAACGAUGCCUUCUCAGAGGGGAAGGCCGCUGCUGCAGCCACCGAGAGCCUGGAGGCGGCCCAGAAGAGGCUGGAGGCCGUGGUCCAUGACCAGGUGAAGGUGUGUGACAUGCUGCUGCACCAGGUGAAGCAGUGGAGCCAGGCCCGCGACGAUCGCCGGAGGUACCUGCAGCAGCUCAAGGACGCUGAGUUGGAUGACAGGCUGCAGCAGCCACAGUUCCAGGCGAUUCGCCAGCUGGGCAACGACAUUGAGAAGAUGCUCAUGAAAAUUCAGACUGGGCAGAGGGUGACCAGCAUGUACCUGCAGGUGCAGGACAUCAUGAGGAAGGAGCUGUUCUACCUGCCUCGGUACCUGGACCUCAUGUGUGGGAUAACUGUGAUGUACAAUGAGGAGCUCACAUCCCGGCAAAACCUCAAAGCCACGGAUGUAAUCAAGAAACUCAUGGCUGAGGCAGGCCCCCAGGUGCUCCUGGAGAGGUCCCUCAGGGAGCAGUCCCUGCUCGAGCAGAGGGAGAACCUCGAGAACCUCCAGCAAAAGACAGAGACCGAGAGGCAGCUGAGAGAGCAAGCGGCGUCCCUGCUCUCCGCUGACCAAGCCCAGAGCUCCUCGGACGCCAUGGGGGGGGCCGACGCGGAGGCCGCCAUGACCCAGCUGGAGCACGAGGCCUUUGUGAACGACAAGAUGGAGAUGGCCAAGGCUGCCCUGCAGUGCUCCAGCAUCUGGGACAUCCCGGGCAGCCUCCUGGCACAGCUGAAGUCCCUGGAGGACCUGGAGCAGCACAUCCAGGAGUGCAAGGAGAACAAGCAGGUGCUGAGGCAGAUGCUGAAGGAGCUGGAGUUGAAGCAGGCGAGGCUGAAGUUUCACCAGCCCCUCGGCACAACCAGCCUGCGGGAGGAGGAGCUGAGGGAGAACCUGCAGCGGGAGGAGUCCCGGCUGGAGCAGCUGCAGGCGCAGCUGAGGAGGAACCAGGAGCAGCUGAUCGAGUUUGAGAACAGCAUCGACAACCUCUUCGUCCACCUCCACAGCAUCACCAUGCCCGACCAGGAGGACCCUCCCCGGCCCGUGGGGUUGGAGGAGAAGCUCAAGCAGUGUGAGGAGAAGCUGCAUUACCUGAAGCAGAGGGUGUCCGACCGCCCCCCCAGCGCCCAGACCUACGACAAGCACAGUGAGAUUUUUGGGAAGGUCAGAAACCUCCUGGAGGAAUCAACUGCAGCUGAGGCACAGAACCUGAAGAUCUCCUUUGAGGAUGUGGGCACUGCAUUCCACGUGUCCUUGGAUCUGGAAGAAGAAGAGCAGGACUACAUCCCGAGCCGGGCAGACAUCAAGAAGCAGGGGCAGCAGCUGGUCAGGAUGAACACCAAGCGCCGCAAAAGGAAGUAGCUUUGGGAGCCCCAGGCCACCCCUCGUGCCCUUUCCCCAGCAGGUUUAUUAAAGCAGAUCUUCUUCAUUCCUCCCA